AUGAGGCCCGCUGGCGGUCAUGUUGGCCGCUUGUAUCUCCUGUCCAGCAUCUUCGCCUCUUCUCAUUUCAGUUUGCUCCUCUGCCUCACCUGCCUGUUCUUUACCUUCCCCUGUAGCUGGCUAACCUUGCAUGUAUCCUGGGCAUUCCCCAUCGUCUGUGGCCUCCUCUUCAUCCCCACCGUCAUCUUCUUCCUCUUCACCAGUUUCACAGACACGGGAAUUCUUCGCAAAGGCAUUGAAGAAGAGUUGUUGAACCAGGCGGUUGUCAUAAGAGCCCCCAGACAGCACUGGUGCAACCGAUGUCAGCUCCACAGCCUGCCACACACUUUCCACUGUGCCUGGUGCAACACUUGCGUGGAGGAAUUUGAUCACCACUGCAUGUGGCUGAACAACUGCAUUGGCCGCUACAACAUCCGCUGCUUCUUCCUCUUCGUGGUCUUCCUGAGCAGCUACAACCUAGUCGUGAUGUCUUCCUGCCUCACCUACCUGGUGCUCAAUAACCAGCAGCCCUUCAACGUGGAGAAGAUUUGCACCAUCGUGGUGACCAUCCCGACGGCCUUCUACCUGCUGCCACUUCUCAUUCAACUGAUCUCCCAGCUCAGCAACAUCUGGACAACUUGGUACAGGUGCAAACUCCAGGCCGGUAAGAAGAAAAACAGCUGGCCCCUGAACACCACGGACGGAAGCACAGAGAUCCCUAUCCCAGAAAUGCCAGAGUCGCUGCAGCUGCUGGAUGAAGACCAAGACACUCACUGGAAAUGCCAGCUGUACAUCAACCGACGUGGCCCUCCCUCGCCCACGGGCACGCUCCUCUCGCUGACGGAUAUCUGA